AUGAAGGCGGUGAUAAAAGAAACACUGAGGCUGCACCCACCAGUGCCCUUGCUACUUCCCAGAGAAUGCAGGGAGCCUGGUGAAACUGGGGGCUAUGACGUAUCAGUCGGAACGAGAGUCUUGAUCAAUGGUUGGGCGAUCAACAGGGAUCCUGAGUUUUGGGAGGAUCCUGAAAGUUUUAAGCCGGAGAGAUUUCUGGAUAAUGGAAUCGAGUUCGUGGAGUAUCUACCAUUUGGAGGAGGAAGAAGGAUAUGCCCUGGAAUUGCAUUUGGGGUGGCCUGCGUGGAUCUUGCUCUGGCUCAACUGGUCUCCCACUUCGACUGGAAACUCCCCGGGGGAGCAAAACCAGAAUCCCUCGACAUGACUCGAGGACUUCGGUAUUGA